AUGGUUGGCAGUCUCCUCACAAAGAGAGUAGCAGUAUCAGCUACAAAUGAAACUCUAAACUUAUUCAGAUUAUCAUUCAGCAAUUUGCUAAAACCCUUUAGUACUUCUACUUCUUCUUCAGCAACUGCCCAAAACCCUAAAAAUGAGACUUCAAAACCGAAACGAAGAAAGAAGAAGAACCUCUUCGAGGUGAUUCAGUUUUUGCCUAAUUGGGGAAUCGGAUACCACAUGGCUAAAUCUCAUUGGGCCAAUGUAUCUUACGAGAUCACCAAAAUCAAUCUCUACAAGGAUGGUAGGCAUGGAAAAGCGUGGGGGAUAGCUCACAAAGACGGAUUACCAAUUGCUGAUGCUCCCAAGAAGAUAAGUGGAGUUCACAAGCGAUGCUGGAAGUACAUUCCAAGCUUAGCAAAAUCAAUUGAAAGCAAGAAAAGCUUACCAAAAUCAACAGAGACCGCUGCAAAGACUGAAGUUCAGGCAGCUUAA